ACUCCCAUUGCGCGCUUCUCGAGCAGUGACUCGAAACUUUGGAUAACUAAUGGUUCCUUCUGGUAUGAUAGAGUCACUCCGUAUGGGAAUGUUAAUGAUCCAGUGAACAAUUUAACUAUGAUUUCGACCGCUUUCUGGGAGUUGAAAGGACAAGAAAUCAAAAUUACAAGAAGUGAUGAUUCCAGUCAUACGGCAUUGUUACAGACCACUUCAAAUUGCCUUCAAGGUAUGACUUUCCGAUCCAAAAUAACAAGUUAUGGAGAUUUUCGCAACGUUAAAGCUUGGGCGGUUGACGAAUGCCUGGGGAGAUGUCCUGUUAUUUACGGAGGUCAGUACAGAACAACGGCCGGAUUUAAAGAGCACAGCUGCAGUAGUGAUAUACAGAACAGCAGCUACAUUGGAUUUUGGUGUGAUUGGAGUUCAGGUGAUGGUGCUAUAAUGAUGAUUGGUGGAGGAGGAAGUGGUUGUAAUAGAGCAGAUCAUGGUAUUGGAAUAACUGAGAAAAAUGAUGCAAAUUUUGGUGCGUCAGAUGGUUAUAAUUUCGGAGAUGACGCCAAUGGUUUCCAACCUACAACAUAUGCACUGAACCUGUGGGUUCGAUAAAACAACAUUCCUUGUACUUUUCGCAGUAAUUUAGGGAGAUAUUGGUAGAUUAGAAGUCGUAUAUUCAUCAUUUUUUCGCUUAUUUUCCCUUAUACUUUUGGUUACUUGUUAAUUGCAGUCAAGGGAAUGCCGCCAAGGAACUCUCACAUGCGUUUGAAAAGAUAAUCACGCAAAAAUGUUUGUUUG